GCAGCCAUUGUAGAACGAUCUUUAGGCGCUCCAAAUAUUUUGAAGCACCGUAUAGAGCAAUCAUGACUUCUCUUUAAGUGCUUCAAAACAUUUGCAGCGUUUAAUGGAUCGUGCCCUACAAAUAUCGGCCAAAUAUCUAUAACGGGUCUAAAAUGAACAUUUGGCCUUGAUCGUGUAAUUUUUUCAACUUCAUAUCUCGGUUGAAAUUUUCUAUUGAAAACUUAUUAUAUUACGUAAUUUUUCAAAACUAUCGAGGAGAUAAUCAAUUCUACAUAAAAAAGAAGUUGUACAUCGAUCUAUCAAACCUGUUUGGAUGUUGUGAUUUUUUUGAAAAAUAUCUUGGAAUUUCCAAGAAACAUCAAGGAUUUCUUAAUCGGAGAAUGGCAUUGCCAAAUUAAUACAUAUCUUUUAACGUUAAGGCAGAGGCCUUAUUAUGUGCCUAUAAUCAUAUAUUGAAAAAGAGAGAGAGAAGUCAGUUCAUCAAUCAAACGUAUGAACCUAACCUAUAUCUUUCAAAAUGAGUAAAUACAGGCGCGAAGAGACUUCAAGUGAGGAUAGUGAUAGCGAGGAAGAGCGUCGCAAAAAGGAUAUUAAGGAGAGAGACAGUUUUGCCAGUCGUCUUAAAGCCAAAGAUGAAAGUAAGAUACGCAAGAUUGCUAUGCCAGCUGGUUCUGGAGCAGCUGAAGCAGCAAAGAGGCUUAAGAUUAUGGAGACUGAUACCAGGGAACAUCUGGUAUCGAAGCUACGUAUUGACUCUCGUAGGAAAUAUCUGGAAAAACGUGAAGGGGACAAAGUGGCUGAAUUGGAGGCUGAUAUUGUUGAUGAUGAAUAUCUAUUUGAAGAAGAAAUAUUAACAGAUAGUGAAAAGCGUGAAAGGGCUCAUAAGAAACAGCUACUACAUUUAGCAAAGGAGCAUGAAAAGGCCAGAGAACUUGAACGUAUCCAGCGUUACCAUAUGCCUCUUCUAGAAGGCAAGAUAGAACCAGAACCUGACGUAACAGACAAAGAGCCACCGCAAUCUGAGCAAAGCAAAUGGGAAUCAGAUCAGAUGUCAUCGGCUGUUUUCCGUUUUGGUGCUAGAGAUAGAAAAGCUCAACAAGACUAUGAUCUCCUCAUGGAAGAUGAGAUAGAAUUUGUUCAAGCACUACGCAUGCCUGGUCAUGACAAAGAUAAGAAACGCGAGGCCAGUCCUCCAGCGCAUGUUAAAACAUUGCAAACGAUACAAGAAACGAAAAAGAGUCUACCUAUUUACCCAUUCAGAAACGAUCUCAUUCGCGCUGUCCAGAAUUACCAGGUUUUGAUAAUAGAAGGCGAAACGGGAUCGGGGAAAACCACGCAAAUACCACAAUAUCUGUACGAAUCUGGAUUUGCAGAGGACAAUAAGAUAAUCGGGUGUACGCAGCCGCGGCGAGUAGCUGCGAUGUCCGUAGCCGCGAGAGUGGCCCAUGAGAUGGCUGUUAAGCUGGGAAACGAAGUCGGCUACGCUAUCCGUUUUGAAGAUUGCACGUCGCAUCGUACUCGUAUUAAAUAUAUGACCGAUGGUACGCUACACCGAGAAUUCCUCAGCGAACCCGAUUUAGCAUCCUACAGCGUGAUGAUCAUUGACGAGGCGCACGAACGUACAUUACAUACCGACAUAUUAUUCGGGCUAGUGAAAGACAUCGCGAGGUUUCGUCCUGAUCUGAAGCUUCUGAUUUCGUCGGCCACGUUGGACGCCACGAAGUUCAGCGAGUUCUUUGACGACGCUCCUAUAUUCAGGAUACCUGGUCGUCGUUUUCCUGUCGACAUUUAUUAUACGAAAGCGCCGGAAGCGGAUUACAUCGACGCUUGCGUGGUCUCUAUUUUGCAAAUUCACACGACUCAACCGCCAGGAGACAUAUUGGUGUUUUUGACCGGACAGGAUGAAAUCGAGACCUGUCAGGAGAUGCUGCAGGAGAGAGUCAGGAGACUUGGAAGCAAGCUGGCGGAACUCUUGAUUUUGCCCGUGUACGCGAAUUUACCGAGCGAUAUGCAAACGAAGAUAUUCCAGCCGACUCCACCAGGAGCGAGAAAAGUUGUAUUGGCGACCAAUAUCGCGGAGACUUCGUUGACUAUAGAUAACAUAGUAUACGUGAUAGACCCUGGAUUCGCGAAGCAGAACAAUUUCAAUUCGCGCACGGGCAUGGAAAGUUUGAUGGUCGUGCCGAUCAGUAAAGCGUCCGCGAAUCAGAGAGCCGGUCGAGCGGGUCGAGUUGCUCCUGGAAAGUGUUUCCGAUUAUAUACUGCUUGGGCAUAUCAACACGAGCUCGAAGAUAACACCGUGCCUGAAAUUCAGAGAAUUAAUCUCGGUAACGCGGUGCUUACUUUGAAAGCACUCGGUAUUAACGACUUGGUACAUUUUGACUUUUUGGAUCCUCCGCCGCACGAGACGUUGGUCCUGGCAUUGGAGCAGCUUUACGCGCUAGGCGCGUUGAAUCAUCGCGGGGAACUGACGAAACUGGGACGUAGAAUGGCUGAGUUUCCGCUGGACCCAAUGAUGGCGAAAAUGCUGUUGGCUAGCGAACGAUAUCGCUGCUCAGAAGAGGUGGCGACCAUUGCGGCUAUGCUCUCGGUAAACGGCGCGAUCUUUUAUAGACCAAAGGACAAAAUCAUACAUGCGGACGCUGCGCGAAAGAAUUUUCAUGUACCUGGCGGCGAUCAUCUUACUCUCCUCAACGUAUACAAUCAAUGGCAGCAGAGCGAUUUUAGUACGCAUUGGUGUUACGAGAAUUUCAUACAGCACAGAUCCAUGAAACGGGCGCGGGACGUCAGAGAACAGUUGGUAGGUCUAAUGCAGCGCGUCGAGAUGGAAUUGGUUUCAGGGAUCACGGAGACAAUUAACAUUAGAAAGGCUAUCACAGCCGGUUACUUCUAUCACGUGGCACGUUUGUCCAAAGGUGGUCACUACAAAACCGCGAAACACAAUCAAACGGUUGCGAUACAUCCGAACAGUUCCCUAUUCCAGGAGCUUCCCCGUUGGUUGCUUUAUCAUGAGCUUGUAUUUACUACCAAGGAGUUUAUGCGUCAAGUGACUGAGAUCGAGAGUAAGUGGCUGUUGGAAGUGGCACCGCAUUAUUACAAGCCUAAAGAAUUAGAGGACUCGACGAACAAGAAGAUGCCGAAAGUUGCUGGUAGAGCACGACCGGACGGCACUAACUAGGCAUAAUUGCGCACCACUUCUCGACAGUAAUGUUAAAUUAUAUUUUUUACAUAUUCGUUUUUACACGGCGCAUCAAUAGAAAAAAAGGAAAGAAAGAAAAAAGAA